UUCUUCUUCCUCUCCGAAACUCUCGUCCUCUCCAUGAACGCUGCCGCCGCUGCAGCGAGCAAUGCAGAAGCUCUGGCGUGGAGCCGCCGGCCCCGCCCCCGUCCUCUCCACCACCGGAUGGCUUGAGAAGAACGCCGCUCCUGCUUUCCCCUCCGUUCCCGUGCUGAGGUUUCCGAUGUCCAUCUUCCACGUCCGCGCUCCCUCCUCCUCCGCCGCCGCCGUUCUCCGACUGAACCUUCCGCUUAGUGCCCCCCGGAUUACUUGCUGCCAUGGCCUCGAAAGUGGCCUCCAGUCGAAGCGCGCGUGGUCCCUGCUCUUGAGACAGGCUCGGGAGCCGUCCUCUGCCGCCUGGUUGCACGGCAAGAGGGCGAGGGACUUGAGAGUGGCCGAAGGUUUGAGGAAUCGCGAGAAAGGCGAAGUCUUGGAUGGGUCUCGUGAGGAGGAGGAGGUUGUGGAAGGGGAGAAGAAAUCUCAAGAACCACAGCAGCAGCAGCAGCAGUCUGGAGCGGUGAACAACAGAGUGGUGGAGAGGAGGCAGAAAGGUGGAGGGUCUGAUGGUACGCCCGUGGCGAAUCUCGAGCUUUUGAUGAUUCCCGGGGUCGGACCUCGGAAUCCUAGGAAGCUGGUGGAUAAGGGUUUCAGUGGUGUUUCCCAGCUUAAACAGCUUUACAGGGACAAGUUCUUUGGUAAGUCCAGUGAGAAGAUGGUUGAAUUCUUGCGUAGCUCGGUAGGUAUUAUCCAUAAAAACCAUGCAGAGAGUAUAACUUCUUUCAUCAAGGAGAGUUUGGAUGAAGAGUUGAAAGAGGAAAGCCCUAACUCUGAGGUUAAGCCUAUGCAGAAGAAAAGGCUGACUUUUUGUGUUGAGGGAAGCAUUAGCGUAGGAAAGGCCACUUUCCUGCAAAGAAUAGCUAACGAAACACUUGAAUUACGUGAUCCCGUGGAAAUUGUACCAGAGCCUAUCUCGAAGUGGCAGGAUGUUCUACCAAAAAAAAAAGUGGCAGGAUGUUGGUCCUGACCACUUCAAUAUACUGGAUGCUUUCUAUGCUGAGCCACAGAUCGAGGUAUGCCUACACCUUUCAAAAUUGUGUUUGUGACAAGGGUCAUGCAGGAAAGAGAAUCCGCUGCUGGAAUCAAGCCCCUAAGCCUCAUGGAAUAAAGCGUGUAUUGGCCUUCUCUCUACGUUUCCUCUUCUUUCACAUCCUCUUUUUCACAGAAUCAAAGCGCAUGCUCUAAAGUAUAGACAUAGCUAUUUCUCUGAAAAACA